AUGUUCUCGACGCUCCGGGCGGGGUACAACUCGCUCCAGGCGACCGCGCGACCCACCUCGGCGGAGGACACCAUCGAGAAGCUGUGCGAGCGGCUGCUGAAUGGUACGCAGAAGGAGGACAGAAGGGCGGCGCUGCUGGGACUCAAGGGCUUGAGCAGGGACUGGAAGUCGGAGGUCGGCGCUCGUGCCCUUCCCAUCCUCCUCGGAGUGCUCGAGGACGACGCGGCCGAGGACACGGAAAUGGCCAAGGCGGUCGUCGAGACGCUCAGCUUGCUCUGUGAAGUCGAGGAAGUCGAGGGACGCCCGGUUCGCGACGACUCUGGCUUGCGCAAUACCGACGUCUUCCUUGCGACUCCUACCGCCCUCCAUAGGUUACUCAAGCUCCUCACACCCUCGCACUUCUACCUCCGCUUCUUCUCGCUCCAGCUUCUUGGGAUCCUCCUUGCCAACCGGCCUCAGCAGGUUCAACAGUACGUCUUAACCGCCGCCGGAGGUAUCGGCAGGCUCGUCGAGACGCUUGAUGAUGCAAGGGAGAUCAUCCGAAACGAGUCGCUUCUCCUGAUUAUCGCUCUUACGACGCAGAAUGCCGAUAUCCAGAAGCUGCUCGCGUUCGAGGGCGCUUUCGACAAGCUCUUCGGCAUUGUGCGGUCCGAAGGCGGAAUCGGCGCAGGAGGUAUCGUUGUGCAAGACUGCCUGGCGGCUGUCGGCGGGCUGUUGCGAUGGAACGUCUCGAAUCAGAACUACUUCCGCGAAACGUCCUGCAUCCCCCUUCUUGCUCCUCUCCUCCUCUUCCCCCGCCCGAACGCACUCAACGCUCAGUCUCUCGCCACUUUCGCCUUCCAGUCUUGGUCUGAGCAGAAGGUCAUCAACGCCGGACUCGUCAUCUCGCUUGUCCGGAUGCUUGUGGGCGGUGCAGGCGGAAGCGGCCGGUCGCAGAACCAGGACGCGUUGCUCAAGACGGGAUUGACGAGGUGUUUGAUUGAGCUCGCGUUGGCGAGUAACGCUCCAGCGGUGCUCAAGUCGCAGUCCCUCAACGCCCUCGCCGACAUCAUGCGCUCGUCCGCCGACAACCAAACUCUCCUCACCACACUCAUCGUCACGCCGCUCAUCCCGCCUGCCGGCCCCUCCUCGCCCGAGACCUACGCCGAUGACUCGACCUCGCAGCAUGACGGGCAGCCACGAGCUUCUGUCGACGGCCAAUCGCAGCAUCACGAGCACGACGAGGCGGCGCAGCGAGCGGCGAGCAAGUGGCGACGCGGUACCCCUGUUCCCGCCGUCGUGGCCGUGACGGACUUGGCUGUUCACGGCGAUGGCACACCCGGACGCGAAGGCUUGCGAGUACGCGCUGCCGCCGCCAACCUCUUCACCUCAUAUGCCGCCGGCUCGACUGAGAACCAGCUCGGCAUCCUUUCGACCAUGAUCGCACCCCCUACCGAAGAAGCGUCUUUCUCGCCCGGCUCGAUCAUCCUCACCGCCCUCCGCACCUUUCCCACCCCAACUCGCAACGAAUCCUUCGAUUCUUACGUCCCUUUCUUCGCCUGCCUCCUCUUCUCGCACCUCGUUAUGCAUUCCGAGGUCUGCAAGGAGGUCGCGCGCAAGAUCUAUUUCCAGGGCGACGAGCCGACGCCGGGCGGCAUAGGCGACGAAGACGAUCGCACGACGCUGGUCGGCGUGCUGGUCAGCAACUUGAUGAUGGCGCAGCGGGAGCAGGCGCAGAGCGCAAAUGCGGGACUUGGCCCCGAGCGAGGGCUCGAAUGGAGCAGGGUCAUGGUCGGAUACCUGACUAGCUUGAGCUUGUGGAUGUGGGAGAGUCCGCUCACCGUGAAGGAGUUCCUCAGCGAAGGCUCGAACUUGCAGGUCCUCAUCCAACCUAUUACGCAAUCCUCCGGCGUCGACUCGGUCAUCCAGGGUCUCUGCACGUUCCUGCUCGGCAUUUGCUACGAGUACAACCGCGAGCCUGGUCCGAUUAGUCGCGAGACGCUCCACCCCAUCCUGCAUUCUCGCGUCGGCCCCGACCAGUUCGUCUCCCGCAUCCUUCGUCUGCGCGAAGACCCGCGCUUCCGCAACGUCGGCCCGAACGUCCUCGAGCUUGUCGAUGAGGAUGACACGAUCGCGGAAGACUUGGGCGAGGAGGACGGACUGUGGUUCGACUUCAGCUUCGUCGAGUUCCUCAAGACCAACUACAUCUCCGUCCAGCGCGCGAUCCUCAUCGACCCGCAAGCCUCUUCCGCCAUGGUUCGCUCGAUGGACGGCGUUUCGCCCGAAGUCCUCGCCGCCUUGCGCGCCUCGCUCGCUGCACAGACGAAGGAGCUCGACGAUCUACGGGAAGCCCUGCAGUCGCUCGCUCAGGAGCGCGAUCAGGAGCGCGCCGCUGUCGAGGCCGAGUUCGCCUCCUUGUCGGACUCAAUCGUCUCGCUCCGGUCGCAGCUUGAGGAAGCGCGGCAGGCGAAGGAGGAGGCGGAUCGCGAGCAGGAGGACCUCCUCGUCUUGCUCGAGGAGCUGAGCGAGAAGAGGAGGCGGGACAAGAAGCGGAUGAGAAAGGCUGGACUCGAUGUUAGCGAGGACGAGGACGGUGCGGAUGGCGAGGACGAUGCUGCCAGCGUCGACGAGGAGGAAGCCCCGCAAGAGGUUUCUCGUCCUGAUUCGCCGGCACCCGCCGUGCAGCCUGCGCACCCCGCCGCCUUGAACUUCGAUGCGUCUCCCGAUGCGGCAUCGCCAGCAGACGAGCCCGCGGUCGUGCCUGCCGUGCCUCCGGCCACCACUUCGGACGAUGCUCCAGCCGCUACCACCUCCACCGACGACGGGGGCGCAGCGCCCGAUGCGCCGGCACCUCAGACUGUCGGUAGCGCGUUGGUUGGUACGCCGGCAGUGCCAGAGGCGGCCGCAGCAGCGGAGCCAAACGCGGCCGAGCCGAAUGUCGUCGAGCUGCAGGAGGAGCAGGAAAAGGAGGAGGACAAGCGACCACAGUCUGAGCCGAAGGAGGAUUCGACGCAUCUCGACGCGAUCUUUUCAAGCGGCAUUGCGGAUGCAGCGAAGAAGACAGAUGAGCCGGAGCCAAUGGCGCCACCUCCUCCGCCGACAAGCGCUCCUCCGCCCAAAGCGUCCGCCGCAUCAAGCGCGAAGGCUCCAAAACGUGACUCGACGGGUCGCAUGACCUUCGAGCCCGAGGUCGACGACGAAGUCUACGCUCGCUCAGGCAGCUCGACGCCCGCACCGCCGCCCCCAAAGGCUUCCGCAGCUCCUCCUCCGCCCCGCUCCUCUGCCUUCCCGUCGCCCCGAACUCGACGUGCUCUUCAGUCGUCCACCUCGAGCACAUCCUCGAAGCCAGCUACGCCAUUGUAUAACCCCUUCCGGCAAGGGACGCCGCCCCCGACAGCCGAGGAGGCAAAGCCGCAAAGCCCUUCCGUCGCUCCCCCUCGACCAGCUUCUGCAGCAGGCGAACUCUCAUCUGUACCUGCACCCCCUACCGCAGCUCCAGAAGCGCCCGUUGCUUCUGCGACGGAGCAGCCCGACGACGCAGCCGUCGAAACGGCCUCUGCAGCCGUCGAACCCGCCACCAUCGCAGCCAGGGAGGCGACGCCUGAACCUGAAGCUCCUCGACGAACCUCAGUAGACGAUCGUCUUGCUGCGGCGUUCGGCGCAUUCGGCUCAUCAACCUCGUUCGACCCGUCUCCUUCACCGUUCCACCAGCCUGCCGCUCCGUCAAGAGGGCAGGGCACUUCGUCGCUCUUUGGCAACUCGUCGUCGACGCAGAACGACAUCGCUUCUAUCUUCGGCCUUGGCUCGACGCCGCAACCCCCGGCGAGGGCAUCAGAACCGGCCGCCAAGGUCCAGGAGGCGCCGCAUGCGGAGCAGCGCAAGUCUCCUCCACCUCGCGACGUCGCAUCACUCUUCGGCGGUAUGGCAGCAUCGGCGGCGUCAUUGUUCGGUGGCCACCAUGCGCCGUCUUCGGACGAUACCAAGUCGCCGCCGUCCGACCGGUCCAGUGCCGCUUCCCCUCCCGCAGCUCGCCCCGAUGCCUCCUCCCUCUUCGGCUCGACGAACGGCUUUGCCUCGGUACCUCGCCAAGACGCCUCGUCACCGUUCGCGCGGCAAGACGCACCGUCGCCGUUUGCUCGCCAGGGUGCGGCUUCGCCUUUUGGCCGUCAGAACGCGGCUUCGCCCUUCCAACACGCGAGUCGGCAAGACGGUCCGGCCUUCAACUACGGGUCGGCUCAGCAGAAGGCGGAAGUCAGGGACGUGUCGUCGUUGUUUGGUUAG